AUGUCCGGCAACGGACCGUCGUCAUCCCCCGACGCCGUGCGCUCGCUGUUUGAACAGCGGUCGCCCGACGUUCCGGACCGUCGUCGCCGCCCCUCCGCGGUAGAACCCAUGACUACUAAUUCUGCGGCUGCUGCUUCUGCUGCUGCUGCUGCUGCUAACGACGGCGGUUCGCAGUCGGAGACUGUUAGUGGUAGACCCGUGUUUAUUUACGAAUAUUACGAGAGUUGUUAUUUUCCACUACCUUUAGAAGACCGUUUGCGCGUCAAACACGGCCCCAAACGCAGGAACCGCGGGUUUAAAGUUAAAAUAUUUAAAAACGGUCGUUUCGACGAUCCCUGCGAUGCGGCGGCGGCGGACACCUGCGAUCGCGGUAUGCGGCUAGUACGGUCUAGAAUAGAAAAACUGUACGACGAAGGUUUCACGCACAUAGUAAACAUGCCGGGUUCGUUUGACUACGUGUGCAGAAUAGCACGUCUGUACAACAUUACGGUUUGCGACACGCGGAUGAAAAAUCAAACGAUCAAGCGUUAUUCCGAGUACACGUCCCGAAGACAAGCCAUCGCGACCGUCGACGUCUGA